AUGACAUUUUCACGUAAAACAAUGAGACAUACUAGUACUGGUAUACUUUUUCUUGCAUUAAGUAUAUCCGAUACAAUUUAUCUUUUAUUAUCCAUAUAUGUUACAAUUGUUUUUGGUUUUCAAAUUCCGGAUCAAUCAAAUUAUGCCAAAAAUUGUCAAUUUCGGCAUUAUAUGAAUUAUCUUUCAACAAAUUUUAGUGCUUGGAUGCUUGCUACAAUUUCAUGCGAUCGUUGGUUACGUUCACAAUUUCCUACUAAAGCACAAAGAUUUUGUACACCACGUACAGCUAUUUAUUCAAUUAUCAUUGCUCUUAUCCUUGAUUGUCUUUUACAUAUUCAUCUUCUUACACCAAUGUUUGGUCAAAUAGCACCAGGUAUAACAACUAAUUGUGGUCCUGAUAGUCGUUAUCCAAAUUACACAUAUUUUUAUAAUACAAUUUGGCCAGUUAUUACUGUUCUUACUGUUACAAUUAUUCCAGCAAGUUUUAUGCUAUUUUGUCUUAUAGCUAUAAUUAUAAAUGUACAAACACGUCGAAAUCGAGUUAUUGCUAUCGAACAAACAAAUGGAAAUCAACAAGAAAGACGACGUGCACAUUUUCUUCAACGACAAAUGUUUAUACUUAUGCUUGCUGCUCUAAUGUUAUUUUUUCUUACAACAUGUCCUAUUGCUUUAUUUUAUUUUGUGAUUUCUACAUUGAAUAUUCAACAAUCAUUUUCUUUUACACUUAUGUUGAUAUCUAUAUUGAAUUUCGUAACAUUAUUAAAUUAUUCAUUAAAUUUUUAUUUACAUUGUUUAACGUCAAAAUUAUUUCGAAAGGAAUUCUUUCAAUAUUUUCCAUGCUCAAUUUCAAUUACUUUUCGUCGAUCAAAUCAAACUUCUAAUGUAACUCAUACUCAACGAUAUUUAACUCGACCACAACAAGGAACUGUUACACAAUUAAUGGGACAGUUCACAAAUUCUAAUGAACAUGACAGAAAUCGCAUAACAUUUAUGUGA